GUAAUAUCCUCUAAUCCAUGUGCAUGCUUUCUCUUUGCCUAUAAAACAACUUCUACUAUAAACAUAUUCAUAAGAACUCAAAGCUACCAAACAAAAUGACUAGCCAAUUUGAGCCAUGGUCUGAACUGGAGGGCAAAAUCGUCAUGGUCACCGGCGCAUCCUCCGGCCUCGGCCUUGAGUUCUGCGUCGACCUCGCUAAGGCUGGUUGCAGGAUCAUUGCCGCUGCACGUAGAAUCAACCGACUCAACUCCCUCUGUCAUCAAAUCAAUCAAACGGACGUCCCAACCGGCUGUCCGCGUCGAGCUAUCGCAGUGGAGCUCGACGUCACGGCCGAUGGCCUGGCUAUCGCCGCUUGCGUCGAGAAAGCUUGGGAUGCAUUCGGACGCAUAGAUGUUCUCAUCAACAACGCUGGUGUCAAUGGGCCAAAGAAAAUAUCACUAGAGCUCCCCGAGAAGGAAUGGGAAAAUGUGGUGAAAACAAACUUGAAAGGCUCUUGGGUGGUCUCCAAGUACAUCGGAGCGCGGAUGCGCGAUAGCGGCAACGGCGGCUCAAUCAUCAACAUCUCAUCAGUUCUCGGCUUGAAUCGAGCACAAUACCGCAAUAGCGUUUCCUAUAGUUCAUCCAAAGCCGGCCUUGAUUCUAUGACCAGGGUCAUGGCGUUGGAGCUCGGAGAUUACAAUAUAAGAGUGAAUUCAAUUGCACCGGCAUUGUUCAUAGCUGAGAUGACAGAAAGUAUAUAUCGAGACCAUAUUAACAAGGUUAAAAGUUUGGUUGAAAAAACAGUUCCACUAAAAAGUCUUGGAACAACCAAUCCAGCACUUACAUCUGUCGUUCGCUAUUUGAUUCAUGAUUCGUCAAGCUACGUUUCAGGCAAUAUCUUCAUUGUUGAUUCUGGUGGCACUCUCCCAGCUUAUCCCAUUUUCUCAUCACUUUGAUAUUGUGUUGUUGAUUUGAAAUUUAUACAUGUAUUAAACUGAAGCAUUUCAUCAAUUACAACGUCGUUCCUUUUCUCCAGGUGCCUAGGUAUCAACCAAAGUCUUUCAUCAUUUGAACCUCACACUUAUAGAUGUAAUAGAAUUAUAAAUAAAGUUACAUUAUCCUUUAUCUAA